AUGGACCCGGCCGCCGUCUUCCGAAACCAAUCCCUCGGCGCAGCAUUCCAGCGGCCAUCCCAGCAGCACCUCUUCCUGGGCAGACCCCCCGCCCCGGGGCCCUAUCCAUGGGACAAGCCGGAAAAUGAAGCGCACGAUGCGCCGCGCCGCGUUGCCCAUACUCUGACCGCGUGUUACCGGUGCCACGAGAAGAAGUCGAGGUGCGACCCCACCCUGCCGCGAUGCCUCGCCUGCGAGCGAUCACGUUCGACGUGCGAGUACUACGACAGCACCAAGGGCCGGUGGAUCAACCGCACCUACAUCGUUACGCUCCAGAAGAAGGUGCGCGAACUGGAGGCCGAGCUUGCCCAGUUCACAGAGCAGGAGGGCGAAUACCCGCACGACCAUGACGACAUGGUCUUCCCCGGCGGCAUCGUCCGCCUCGAUGAGACGGACGAGCUGCCCCGCUAUCUCGGCCCGAGCAGUGGCACCGCCAUGAUACGACUGCUCAUGGAGAAAGCCAAGAAGUUGGCUGAGUCGCACCGGAUAGCCAACGUCAUCCCCGCCGUGCUUGCGAGGCGAGCAGAGCGGAGAGACCGCAUGCAGAGCGUGGUCAUGGGAGGCAGCAUAAGCGGGCCGUCGGGCAGGAAAAGGAGUUACCCAGCUCAUAGUGUCAUCCCGGCGUCUUCCUUACCAAGUAGGGAGAUCGUCGAUGGACUGGUUCGGGCUUUCAAUGACAGAGUCCAAGUCAUCACGCCGGUCUUACAUGAGAAGACGUUGGAGGAAGAUGUGAAGGCCGUGUUUGCCGGCGACAAGGAUCCGUACAGGCACUUUGUUGUGAACAUGGUCGUCGCAAUCAGCCUGCAGAAGGUGGGAAAGUACGCCGGCCUCCCGGACAGCUACUAUCUCAACGCGAUGCGGCGUUUCGAGGACGUUGUCCGUCCUCAAGAUCUGAAAACGCUGCAGUGCCUGGUCCUGAUCGGGCAAUAUGCGCUCAGCACGCCGACAAGAACCGCCAACUACUACCUGGCCGGUCUCGCGACGAGGAUAUGCCAACAGAUGGGUCUCGGCGACGAGAGAACAAUCAGCCUGGGCGUCUCUGACCCGCUGACGCUAGACAUGAGGAGGCGGCUGAGCUGGAUCGUCACCGCGCAGGAGUUCAGCCUUGCUUACAACAUGGGUCGACCGAAUGGGUUUGCCAAGAGCGACGAUUUCAUGAGCGUCAAAUUCUUCGAAGCGGUUCCGGACGCCGACAUCACGCCCGAGGGCAUCCGCCACGGUCGGCCUUGCGAGCGGAAGCUAGUCGCCAUCCACUUCUGCAAGAUGCGGCUUCUGCAGGCAGAGAUACGUCGCGUUCUGUACGAGAAGAAACGGCCAGAGCCUGUCCAUGAAACGCAUCCGUGGUUCACUGAGAUGGAACAGAAGCUCAGGGGCUGGCUCGACAGCUGCCCGGAACAGCCUGCGUGGUGCAAGCCUUGGUAUGACGGCCUGCUUGCUGCGCACUACUACAACAUGAUCUUCGCUCUCUACCGGCCGUCCCCGCAAGUGCCGCGGCCGACCAGCCACGCAGCCGUGAAAUGUUUUGAGGCGUCACGAUCCAUCAUCGACUCUACAUCUCAACAAAUCGAGCAAGGGAUCGCAGACAUCAACUUGGAGGCCUUAUUGAUCAUCUACGCCUCGUUGAAUGCGCUUCUUUGGUCCAUCUCAUACCCCGAAGUCCGGGCUGAACACCCCCGAGACGAGGUCCAAGACCUUGCGGCGACCGCUCUCGAGGCGAUCAAGGUAUUCUCAGAUCGCUGGCCCGGCUCUUCAUCUGCAGUGCAACUGUACACAUCACUCGCCAACGCCUGUUUGCAAAGCUAUGAUGUAGGGGAGGAAACACCGUCACCCUCCUCGAGCAGCCAGCUCGGCACACCUGUAUCGCUCGCCGGCUCAAUAUCACCCGAAUCAGAAGCCUCGAAGCACACACCCGUCAGCCAGACGCAGCCGCAGUUGGCCACGCCGUUAUUCAACUCAUCCCCGUUCGGCUAUCCUUUUGACGCGGCCUCCGACCCUUUGGCCGCUCAAUAUGCAUUCGACCACGGGCCGCCCCCUUUUCCGCACCAGCCCACCUUCCGCUCCAACUCUAUUUUCAUGAGUCCAUCAACAGACGCAAACGGCCGCAGGUUGUCGCAUCUCGCCCCCGACACUACCCCUUCGACCGGAGCCCCUGACUCUGAGAGAACCGAGAGCUCUUCGCCGACUCUCUCAGCGACACCCAAGCAAGAGCCGACAACCACACCAGCACCCGCAGUCAGGGCACUGCCCACGCCACCGGAGUCAAUGGUUCCGCCAGCGAUCCAUCCGAACAAUGUCAGUCAGUCACCGGGACUGGCUCCGGGGGCAGGGCAAGCUGCCACUCCGAUCCCAACACCCACUCUGCAUGCGGCCGGCCCGGCUCCGCCUCCCCAACACAUCCCGGUGCCAGUCAUCCAGGUAAAGCGGGAGGCCGAGGAGUUGUUUUUCACUCCCCAAUUCAAGCCGCAGCACCAGCAGCAGCAGCCCGGGCCGCCUCCCCGACAACCAGUCCCACCACCGACCUUCAUCACCCCACGGCAACCAAGCCCUCAGCAGCGGCCCCCAGCGCCGUCCAGCGCGUCAACCGACUGGUACAAUCCGCUCCCUCCAUUCGUCCCGCCUCACGCCUUCUCAAACGCGGUCGCUGGCGGGCCCACCUCCUUCUGGGAAGGCCCGCAAGCUCCCUUCGCCGCCACCGCCCCCGCUGCCCCGUAUACCCAGGUCGCCGGCGGCGUGGUACCCAGACCGUACGGAAACGCCGCCGCAGACUGGGACUUUUCCUGGGGCCCCGGCCCGCAGCAACAUCAACAGCAGCAACACCCGCAGCAGCAGCAACAGCAGCAACACCAACCACCACCGCAACCCGAUCCAUGGUUUCCCACGGGGCUGGCCCCCCCGGGCGGCGAGUAUUACGCGUCGUUCCUGAACGGCCGGCACGGCAGCCUGAGCCAGGAGCAGCAGCUGGAGCUGAUGGACGUGCUCGAGGCCGAGGGCAUGAAUGAUAUCGACAGCUAUUUGAAUAUGGGGGGCGGGGUGGGGUGGGGAGCGGCGCCGGACGCGCCGGGGCACGGUGGUGCCGGGGCCGGGGUCGGGGUCGGGCCCGGGGUCAGCGCCGGGCCUGGGGGUGUGAAUUGGGGUUGA